AUGACCACCCCAGCCUCCUCCACCAUUCUUCCGUACCGCCCAUGGCAAUGGGCAUUGACCGGGGCCUCUGUGGCCGCCACCGCCUGCGCCUGGACGUACAUCUACCUCCAGCUGCGGAAGCCAGCAUCAUCGUCAUCGUCAUCGUCAUCGUCAUCAUCAUCAUUAUCAUCGUCGGUAUCACUGGUGAUGUCCACGGCCACAUCCACGAGCUCUACGCUCUGGAUCGAGACGGCGUCGCUGCCGGCCAUCGGACUGGCACCUGCUCUGCUGCCGCCGUCGCGGGUGAGUGUGGUGUAUGAGGCCGAUGGGGUAGCAGACGCGCUGCAUGAGCUCGGAUCGCCACAGGUGGUGGGUAUGGAUAUGGAGUGGCGGCCGACGAGCGUCUCGCGGGUCGCCCUCAUCCAGCUCUCCACCCCGGAGGUGGCCAUCCUACUGCCUGUUUGUGCCUACCAACAGGGCCUGCCACUGGAGCUGGUAACCUUCCUGCAGUCGCCGGAGAUCAUCAAGGUUGGAGUUGGGGUUAACGGCGAUGUCCGUCGACUGCGUGCGUCGUACGGAGUGACCAUGCGCGGCGCGCUGGAUCUACAGGCGCUGGCGAGUGGGUAUGGGCUCAUCGAGGGCGGCAUGGGCCUUCGCCGCAUGGUCGAGAAGUUUUGUCAGCCGGCGACGCUUGCCAAGCCCAAGCAUCUGCAGUGCUCAGACUGGGAGGCGCUCCCAUACUCUUCAGGACAGAUUGCAUAUGCAGCAACCGACGCACUGGCGGGUAUCCUCAUAUUCAACGCGCUCCGCGAGGCUAUCGACGCUGACGCCCCUAUUGCCAACCUGGUGCGGCAAUGGCUCGACCGCAAGCUGCAUGUCUCACGAAAGAAGAAGAAGGAGAACAAGGGCAGCGGCAGCGGCGGUGACUCGGCGUCAUCUAGCAGCGAGGGCAAGAAGUUCUACGCCAAGGCGCGAUCGUCGGCCCGCGAUGGGCCGCUCUACGACAACUGCGCCAUCCUCGCGCCGGACGGCAAGACGUUUAUGGCGUACUGCUCGCGACGCAAGGUCGAUUGGUACGUUUCGCGGUCGCUGGCGGAGCUGAUCGAGACCGAUCCCCCGACGAUUCGACUCUUGUUCGAGCCCAAAGGCUGCGGACACGCCAACGAUCCGUUCUAUUCUGCCAAGAAGACCAGUGAGUGCGUGGUGUGCGGAGCGAGGGAAGAGCUGUGUCGGUAUCAUGUGGUGCCGUCGGCAUAUCGCAAGCACUUUCCGUCGCGGCUCAAGUCGCACUCGUCACACGACGUCGUGCUGCUCUGUGUCGAUCACAUGGCGGUGGCCAAUGCCAACGCGGCAUCAAUGGUGGCAGAACUUGUCGCCCACUACGGCGUGCCCGAGUCAGGAAUCGGCGAGGCCAAGGUCGUGAAUCCGGCCAAGCGUGCGGCGCAGUCACAUGCCCGCGUCCUUGUCCGCCAUCGCGCUGGCAGUGUCCAGCUCCCGCCGGAGCGUGUCGACGAGCUCUACGCCGAGCUCUCUGAGCUGCUCGGCGUGCCUCGGGAUGAAAUCGAUCUCGAGGCCGUCCUCCGCACUGCAAUCGCCGAGCCAAAUCCAGACUGGAUCUCACACGGUGCCGCCGUCGUCGCCCGUGCUGUCGACGAAGGCCAGGCCGAUGGCCUCACCUACGACGAGGCCAUCCACGCCCUUGUCCGGCGCUUCCGGGUCGCCUUUCUCGAGGGCAACCAACCACAGUUCCUCUCCGAGGCCUGCUCACCACUGCCGCCACCACCACAUGCUGCUGCUGCUGCUGCUGCUGCUGCUGCUGCUGCUGCUGCUGCUGCUGCUGCCGCUGCUGCUACUACUACUACUACUACUACUGUCGCCGCUGCUACCACCACCAUCACUGCUACCACCACUGCCACUGCCACCACAUCUGCUGCUUCUGCUGCUGCUGCUGCUGCUGCUGCUGCUGCCACGGGUGCACGGUCGUGUGCUCGUGGCUGGGGCUCGGGAACAGGCAACACACGCUCGCGGUCAGUCACCCCUGUCUACAGGGGGCGGACCCUUGGCCUGGUGGUGUUGGUCGUGCUGAUGGCCGGGCUGGUCCAGCCUUCGCAUGCGCUGGUCAAUCAGUGGAUGUUUGCGGGCUCGGGCCAUUGGGCAGAGAGCGCAAAGUGGCAGACGGGAGUGCCCAAGGUUGGUGAGUCGGUGUACAUUGGCUCGGCGCCUGGGACUCCGCUGGAGGUCUUUGUCAACGCUUCGACCGCCACUAUUCUGCAUCUGGGCGUCGGGUCGGUCUUUGGCUCGCCCGGUGGCGCUGUGCAGCACACGCUCAACAUCCAGGACGGAGCCGUCCUCCGCGUCCUCCUCGAGUGCACGGUCGAGGCGCAGGGCGUCAUUGUCGUCGAUGCUGGCGGCGUGCUGGACAUUGGCGACGGAAUUAUGACGGUCAAGGGCUCGCUCGUCAUGAACGGCGGCACUCUCCUCGGGCGUGGGAACGCUGCCAACGGCAUCACCUUUGUCACCGGCAGCUUUGCCUCGCUUGUCUUCAAUGUCUCGUCGAUUAUCGACUCGCGCCCCAUUGUCGCCUCCAACGGCUCGACCGUUGUCUGGCACGCGCAGCCGAUUCUGUUUGGCAACUCGGAAGCCAACGGCGAGGCCCGUCUUCAGCUCUCGCUGAACUCGCGACUGGUUCUCUCGCCGCCCAACGGUGGCGCUGCGCCCAACGCCACCGUCGCCUGGGAUCCCGCGCUCUCGAUCGGCCGCGUCGGCUCACUUGCGCUCACCACUGGCGCUUCGCUCAUUGAUCCGGUCGGCACUGCGGUGACCGUGGCAGUCCCGCUCUCGCUCGACUCUGGAGCUAGUGUUGCGCUCAACAGCGCAUCAAGCCAGCUUGCGCUCGACUCGCUGGUGCUCGGUGCCGAUGCCGUGCUGACUGGCGUGGUCGGGGCCAGCUACCAUCUCGACGCCCGCGCGUCGGCAGCACUCACAGUCACCGGCUCCGGCAUCAAGCUUGGUCCGGUCACUGCACCGUCACCGCCGCUGGCCCACCCGCCGACGGCAGCCGCGGCGCUCUCCUUUGUGGUCACCACGCCACUGGGUGUGAGCAUGAGCAACGCAUCACUGACGGUGACUCCUGGAGGGUGGCUGCGGCUGGCAGGCGGCAGUGUGGUCAACACUGCUCCGCUCGCCCCGUCUUCGCUGUCGGCCGAUGGCGACGGCGCGUUUGUAUCGGUGGAGGCGAGCCCGUCGCCGGUGCCACGGCUGCUCACCGGCGGCGUCAUGCUCGGCGCGGCGAACAGUGGCCGCCUCGACUGGGGCACCCUGAUCCAUGCUGUGGCACCCGGUGCUGCGCCGCCGACUGUUUCACCCGGCGGCCUUGUUCUCGACGGUGGCUUGGCGGUAGUGGCGCCCGGCGCCGGACUGGCGUUUGAGACCGCGAGCCCGGUCACCGACGCUGGCGCCUGGCCGACCUUUACGGUCGGCAACGGCUCGAGUCUGACGGUCAACUUUGCGCCGUCGCCGGCGCCGUUCGAGGCGACCCAGGUUCUGAGCUCAACGUCGUCCGGCGUGACUUUUCUCGCCGGCUCGCUCAACGUCGCUGCUUCGGGCGAGAUCGUCCUUGCCGGGCCCGGUUCGCUCGCAGUUCUCGGCCCGUCGUCGACAGUGGGCGGCAAGAUCUCGUUCGGAUCGGGCGACUCGGGCGUUGUCCUUGGCUGUCCAGCAUCACUCGCGACAUGCGCGGCGACUCCCACACGUGCUCACACGCUCGCUGCCCAGCUCGACAACUCGGCGGCGGGCGGGACCGGUGGGAGCGUGGCAGUCCUUGGUGCCGGCACAUCGCUCACGCUUGCGCCGUCGCCAGCACCCGUCUUUGCAGGCGGCUCGCUGAUAGUUGCGCGUUCGGCGUCGGUGGCGCUUGGCGACGACACGUCGUUUAUCCCGCCGACGCUCGUUGUCGGUGGCCCGGCAGCGUCGACGUUAAGCGUCGCGUCCGCGUCGACGCUCGCAGUCGAGAGCCUGCGGCUUGUGGCGGUGGAAGGUGAGACCACCGGCGGCAGCCUCACUAUCACUUCGGGAGCGCUGCAGGUGGACUCGAGCUUGGCCUGGGAAGCCGGGGCGGUGACGCCUAGCGCCGGAGCGUCGCUGCGUUUAGCGGGCGGCUCGACGGGGACGGUAUCAUCGGACGCAUCGCUGACGCUGGGCGGCGGCACGCUGGUCAAUCAGGGCACGCUCACGCUCCGAGACAACGGCACGCUCACGUUGGCAGACACGGCCGAGAUUGUGACGACAGGUAUGAUUAUCCUUGGCGACAAUCGGGUUAUCGCUGCGGCGACGCCGUCGGCGGCAGCCAGUGCAAGCCUCCCGGGCGUGAGACUUGGUGCGGCUGGCAGGAUUAGCGUGCCUGCAGGAGCACCGACGGUCGGUGUGUACCUGACGUACCAGGCGACGGCGACAUCGGUGAGCGUGGGCAGCGGUGCCAGCCUGCGUGUGGUCGGCGGUGCGUCGUUUGCGGCGCCAAUCACGCUCGCGUCCGGCGCACGUUUGGUGCUCGGCGCGAGUGAUUCGGGCGUCGGCCCGGCUACCGCAACGGUCACGGUGCCGCGAGCCACGAUUUCCGGUUCGGGCACGCUGGUUGUGGGUGGCGAGACGACAGCGACGGUGGCGGCGAGCGUGCCUGUGGCGCUCGACGCCAUUGAGGUCGCCGAGUCAGGGACGCUCACGCUUGUGACGGGUGUGGCAGAUCUGUCGGCGCUCAACCGUGUGACGAUCAGCGGGUCCGGCACGCUCAACGUCGGCAUCCCGCUUAAUCUAGCGUCGCUGGAGGUGACCGAGAGUGGCUCGCUUUACACGGCGGCGCGUGACGUGAGCGUCAGCGCGUCGUUCACCUUUGGGUCUGGACUCAUCUCGUCAGGGGCUGGCCCGUCGCCGGCGCCGGCGCCGUCCGGUGCGACUCUCGGCUUGGGUGCCGGCUGCGCUGUGGCGUUGGUCGACAGUGCAGGCGCAGGUGGUGCCAAGACGAUCGACGGGCUCGCGCUCGAGGUUGCGUCGACGAGCGCUACCUGGAGGAGCAACGUUGGCGCUGUUAUGGCGUCGCCGUUGGCGCUCUCGCCAACAGCCUCGCUCGCGAUGCUUGCAGGCGCUGUUCUAGAGGUCUCAUCGCCAUUCGCAAGCGUGGCGACCAACGGCGCAGCUGGUGCUGCGCUGAGUCUCAAUGCUGGCGCACUUGUCAAUGUCACCGGUGGUGUGUUGACAGUGAGUGUGCCGACGACCAUAGAUGGCAGUGUGGCGCUUGCUGACUCGGCGUCCUCGCUUGCUGUGACGGGCGUCACGAGCUGCGUCCUCGGUACGACCGGGAGCAUCACUGGGCCGGGCCCACUGAGUCUCGGCGGCGAUGCCACGCUGAGCGUGCCUAUGGGCGCGACUGCAUUUUCGCCGCGGCUUGACGCAGACGGCAGCAUUGUAGUCGGGAGCGGGGUCGACCUGGAGAUUGUGGGCGGCGGGGUGAGCCGCGGGCGGGUCGAGCUCGGCCUUGGCGCGACGCUCACGCUGGCGUCGACAGUGUUUGACCUCGCACCGGGUUCGCAGCUAGUGCCAGGAAGCGGCGGUUCGACAACGGGCGCACAGGUUGUGUUUGGCGCGGGCGAGACGAGGCUCGGAGGCGAGUACGGCUUCGCCAGCCUCAAUGUUACCAACGCCGCAAGCACGGUGGUGGUGACGAGCGGCUCGGGCGCGGCGGCGACGGUCGAGACGCUCCAGCUUGCGGCCGGGUCACUCGGCCUCGAGCGUGAGCUGAGGGUGGCCACGGCGCUGGCCUGGUCGGGCGGCGCAGUGUAUGGCAGCUCUUCGCUGGUUGUGAACGGAACCGCGACUAUGACGGGCGCAGUUGCGGCUGGCAACGCGGCGCAAGUGACGCUCCACGGACCGAGCCAGGUGACUGGAAGCGACGUGGCGCUGUCUGGUGGCUCGCGGCUGGUCUGCGGCACCGGGUGCACGCUCGAUUUUCCGGCUUGGUCGAUUGCGAUGGGCACGGACGGAACAGUUGCAGCCGACGGUGGAGUAGUGCGAGUGCCAAGCGGUGGGCAGCUAGCGUCGGCGGGCGAGCUCGGGCUCGUGGUGUCGGCGGGUGGGCGGGUGGCGAGCAGCGGAAGCCUCGAGCUAGGCAGCGGACGUGUGAGCGUGACGAGCGGCGGGAGCCUUGUUGUCGAUGGCGAGUCGGCAAGCGUGAGCAUGGCCGGCGGCGAUGUGAGCGACGGUAGCGUGUCGGGUGUGGGCACGCUUCGGUGCAGCGAAGGUGGGACGCUGAACAUCGCUGCCGGCGGCGUGUUGCGGUCUGGGCUGGACAUGGCAACUAGCGUGUUUGGCAACUCGACGUACGGGGCUGGGACGGUACUGAGCGUGAGCUGUCGGGUGGCGGUGGCCAAGGAUGCGACGCUGCGUGCGGAUGCAGCGGCGCGGCGGACGAUUGCGGUUGAUCGCGGGUUGGCUAUUGUCUCGCAAAAGGUGGUCAUCGAGCUGAGCCACGAGUCGAGCUCGGUCUGGGCGCCGGAGCGUGGCUCGGUGUUCCCUGUGGUGACGCUCGGCGGCGGGGUUACAGACGGCGACGGUGCGAACGUUGCCAACGUGGCGAGCGCGUUUGCACUGCGGUCGUCGCUGACGGCGCCUGCGGCGGUUGUUGCCAGCGCCAGCGCAAUCUCUGUCCUGCUCUCGCCGGGAUGCGAGGCCGAGUGCCACUCAGCGGGGACAUGCGACGUGUUCACUGGAGCGUGCGACUGCUUUGCAGGCUUUAGCGGCUCUGCAUGUCAGACCAACGUUGUGGCAUGGGCCGUGGUGAUCCCGCUGGCGGCAAUUGGGUUUGUGGGCGGGCUGGUGCUCGGAUACCUCGCUUGGUCGGCGAAGAAGCGCGACGCCCAAACGGCGCAAACGCUCGACCGCAAGGUUUCGAGCCUGAUGUUUGGCGACGGGGCCAACAGUGUCGGCGACCAGGCUGGCGGCGACACACAGGAGGCGGUCAAGCCGAUCGCACCGCCACUGAUCUCGCAGGCUGUGGCGGCGGCGACAGCGGCCGGCGGCGGCAUGUCCUCGACUGUGUUGCGGCCCGAGGGCGGCGAGAGCGGCAGCGACGACGACAGUGGGCGCGGCAAGGCUGAGGUGAGCGACUCGUCGGAACUCUGUGACGAGACAGAGCGAUCUGUCGGCGACGGAUCGUACUACUACUCGGACUACGAGAGUGAGGAUGGGCCGAGUCGCGGACAGGACCGCGUGACCGACAUUCCACCGCUGGUGAUGUCGCCGCUGUGAGAGGGCGCGGCUUCUUGUUAAUGAUAUAUGCAGGAGAGCUAGUGCAUGUCGUCGUCCGAGUUGCCAUCGAGGAUGCGCUUCGUAAAGGCAAAGCCGGCAAA